CCCACAGGGCUGUGUGCUGAGCCCCCUCCUGUACUGUCUCUACAUCCAGGACUGUAGUCCGGCCAGGACUGGGUCGGCUAUGGACGCAAGGCAGGUACUUUAGAGAUGAUUGCGCUUUAAGAAUCAGCCUCCGUACCACAGGCAUGACUUUAACAGGUUUUAUAUAAACAGCGCCAGAAGACAGACUAACUCCAAUAGGGGCGGACUUGUUAUCGUGAAAAAGGUUUGUUUCAGUAGGAAUACAGACUCACUGCAAUAGCUGGAGAUGCCCAGUGUCUUUCGGAUACUGAGCCUGAUACGGCUGGCUUUGAUUAUUCUUCUUGGAUGUGGCUCUGCUCUUUCCACUGGGCAAAAUGACACGGAAGCGGUGUUGCUGGAAGGAAAGUGCUUGGUGGUUUGCGACUCUAACCCGUCUGCAGAAGGAGGGGUCACCGAUUCGCUGGGAAUAACGGUCCGGUCAGGCAGCGCCAAAGUCGCUUUCUCCGCUGUUAGAGGAACGAAUCACGAACCAUCUGAAAUGAGCAAUAAAUCCAUGACCAUUUACUUCGACCAGAUUUUGGUUAACGUCGGCAAUCAUUUUCAUUUUAAAUCGAGCGUAUUUCAAGCACCGAGAAGAGGGAUUUACAGUUUUAAUUUUCACGUGGUGAAAGUCUACAACAGGCAGACUAUACAGGUAAACCUUAUGCAGAAUGAAUACCCAGUGAUAUCUGCCUUCGCCGGAGACCAGGAUGUUACGCGUGAGGCGGCCAGCAACGGAGUACUUCUGCAUCUGGAGAGGGAUGACAGUCUGUACCUGAAGCUGGAGAGGGGAAACCUCAUGGGUGGAUGGAAGUACUCCACCUUCUCCGGCUUCUUGGUUUUCCCUCUAUAAUAGAAUUCUUUAAAAUAAGUCUUUGAUCUCAAGGGAGAAAACCACACUAUUAAUUAGGGGAAAAAAGUUUUCAUUCAUUCAGUUAAAUUGAGUAUAUGUGAGAAUUAUAUACUGAAUGACAGAUUUCUUGGAACAACGAACGGUUUGGCAUUUAUGCAACAUUAGCUUCAUAUUGCACUGCUAGAUUUCUUGCUGACGUUGAUUUUUAUCAAAUGUUAAAACGGUUUACAACUAAAAAAUAUUAUUAAUACAUAUACGAUAUCCCGUUUAUCGGCGCUUCUCGCUGAACUUCUUUUAUCGCCGAAUAUCAGGACAUCGUUAAUGUUUCUAAAGCAAGAUUUAACAUGCGAAAUAAGAUAAAAGACACCUGUAGGUAAUUUCACGAGUUUUAUGAAAGCUGUGAGUAUGGCGAAAGAGUUGUUAAACCCCGAAGAAGGAUUUUACGGAAGAUGUAUGUCACCUAUUAUUAAUGUAUCCAUACAGUGACGUUACUAAUAAACGUUUGUUGUUAA